CACCUCCCUCCUCACCACCACCACCACCUCCACCACCGCUCCAUGGCCGCCACUGACAUCUCUCCCCAAUACCGACCUGUAGCCAAACCACCGGACUUCAGCCCUGAACUUACCGUCUCUACCUACCACCACGAUGGCCUCUUGUUCUGGCAAUACAUGGUCGCCGGCUCCAUUGCCGGCUCCGUCGAGCAUAUGGCCAUGUUCCCCGUGGACACCCUCAAGACUCGCAUGCAGGCCCUAGCCGGGUCGUGCCGGACCCAACCUGGAGUCCGCCAGGCGUUCACCUCCAUCCUGAAGCUCGAAGGCCCGGCCGGGCUCUACCGGGGCAUCGGCGCGAUGGGUCUUGGAGCCGGACCGGCCCAUGCAGUCUACUUCUCCAUCUACGAGCUCUUCAAGGAGUCCCUCUCUUCUGGUGACCCAAACAACCCCGUGGCCCACGCCACGGCCGGGGUGUGCGCGACCGUGGCAAGCGAUGCGGUGAUCACCCCAUUGGACAUGGUGAAGCAGCGGCUGCAGCUGGAGAGGAGCCCGUACCGGGGGGUGGGCGACUGCGUGAGGCGGGUCCUGGUGGAGGAAGGGAUCGGGGCGUUCUAUGCAUCGUACCGGACGACUGUCGUGAUGAACGCGCCCUUCACGGCGGUGCACUUCGCAACAUACGAGGCUGCAAAGCGGGGUCUGAUGGAGGCAUUCUUGGUGGAAUCAGCAAGUGACGAGAGCCUGGUGGUGCACGCGACGGCCGGGGCGGCAGCAGGGGCGUUGGCGGCUGCAGUCACGACUCCGCUCGACGUGGUCAAGACACAGCUGCAAUGCCAGGGAGUCUGCGGUUGCGAUAGAUUCUCAAGCAGUUCGAUCAGGGACGUCAUUCGAGCUGUGGUGAACAAAGACGGGUAUCGUGGGCUCAUGAGAGGAUGGCUUCCGAGGAUGCUCUUCCACGCACCAGCUGCCGCGAUCUGUUGGUCGACCUACGAGACCUCGAAGUCCUUCUUCCAACGGCUCAACGACAGUAAAAGCCGAGGUUACUAAUGCAUGCGAAGCACCAGGAGCCAAAGGAAUCCAGCCAAUACGUUCAGCUGUAUUUUGGAUUUCGCAGUAAGAGUUGUACCAGCAACUUCAAGGCUGGACUAUUCUAAAUCCAGGGAAUAAAUGCACCAAAAGCCCUAAAAUUUAUCAUGAAA